CGGCGUGGGGCUGGCUCGGGCACAUUUCGAGAAACAGCCGCCUUCCAAUCUCAGAAAAUCCAAUUUUUUCCACUUCGUCUUAGCUCUGUACGACAGGCAGGGACAGCCGGUGGAGAUUGAGAGAACAGCUUUUGUGGACUUUGUGGAGAAAGAGAAAGAGCCAAACAAUGAAAAAACUAACAAUGGGAUUCAUUAUAAACUUCAGUUAUUGUAUAGCAAUGGAGUUAGGACAGAGCAGGACCUGUACGUUCGGCUAAUAGACUCCAUGACCAAACAGGUGAGAAACUUUACGCUUUUCUUACCACGCGACUUCCUAAGUUUGUAUUUUGUCCUUGCUCGGAAAUGCGGGGGGCGAGCAAUCCUCCGGAGCGCGCCUACUUUUAAUUGUUCUGAGCCAGUAAAUCAGGGAGCUGCUGAGUGA